UACUCGUUACUCGUAUGCGAUUCAGUCAAAGAUUAAGUGGGGCGUGUGUCAUCUUUGUGAUAUAUAUACAACGUGCAUAUGAAAUACACUGCAUAAGUGAAUUCCAUUAAUGACUCCAUCUUGUCAAUUUAAUUUGCAUUCUAAAGAGUUUUAAUCGUUCCACUAAGGGUCUUAAACGUUUUCUAAAAGAGCGUUUGCUGUAAAGCAUGACGUACGUGUAUUUUUAAUAAAACAUCUUUUUCCGACAGCAGUAUUGGAUUAUAACAUCAAUAUAAAAUUCUAAAAGAAAAACCAAAAGAUGGCAACUUGGCAGAGUACACCUGGUGCUGGAUUUUAUCCAGGACAACAAGGUUAUCCUCAACAAAAUCCUGCAUAUCCAAGCCAAGGAUAUCCUGGAUACCCACCUCCUUAUGGAAUGAAUCCACCACCUGGCCCAGGCUUUAUUCCUCCAGGUGUGCCUCCUGACGGUCAAGUUCCACAUAGUGAUCCAAUAUUUGGUGCAGGACCACAACCAGCCAUGUAUGGGUCAAAUUAUGCAGAUGAUCCUAUGCAAUCCAAUGACAUUAAGGCAUUUGAAUUCAAUGAAAAAUCUAUUCGAAAUGGCUUCAUCAGGAAAGUGUACAGUAUAUUGAUGUGUCAGCUUCUGAUCACACUCUCAAUGAUUGUAUUAUUUCUUUACCACCGUCCUACACAUAAUUUUGUGAUGGCACAUCCUGAGUUGUUUUGGAUUUGUUUUGCAGCAACUAUUGUUCUGAUUAUAUGUAUGGCUUGUUGUACCAGUGUAAGACGAAAAGCCCCUAUGAAUUUUAUAUUUUUGUUCAUAUUCACAAUAGCAGAAGGUUUUCUAUUGGCUACUGUUGCUUCUACAUACAGUUCUGAAGAGGUGUUAUUGGCCGUUGGAAUUACUGCAGUUAUUUGUCUUGCGUUAACAUUAUUUGCAUUCCAGACGAAAUUCGAUUUUACUGGUCUUAACAGCAUUCUAUUUGUUGCACUGAUUGUUCUUGUACUUUUUGGAAUAAUUGCAGCAUUAUGGCCGGGGAAAAUAAUAACUGUAGUAUAUGCAUCACUUGGAGCCUUGCUCUUCUCUAUCUACUUGAUCUAUGAUACACAAAUGAUGAUGGGUGGUAGUCACAAAUAUGCCAUUUCCCCGGAAGAAUAUAUUUUUGCAGCACUGAACCUUUAUAUAGAUAUUGUCAAUAUUUUCCUUUACAUUUUAACUAUUCUCAACAACACAAAAAAUUAAAUAUUGUAAAACACAUUUUUAUCGCUGGAUUAAUCUUCAAUGCAAAAUGCUUUUACUUAUGAUUCUGUUUUGACUCUUUUACUUUAUAUGUAGAGAGUACAUUACAGAACAGCAAUGAAAGGCAUAAAACAAAAGCUAUUGUCAAAGAAGCUUUAAUUUCUAUGAAAUAAUAGCUUUUACACAAUUUUCAAAGCAUAGCUAACACAGAGAGU